AUUAACAAUUGUCUUUACAAGCGAUACUGCAUAGUACAUAAGCUUAGCUACAGCACGUUCUUAACAACGUUAAACUACGUAGCUAUUAAAGUUAGCACUAUAGAUGUAGACAUACAAGAGAUAGAUAUUCCAUCUAAGCUUACUAUAGGAGUUGUAGACUAUAGCUACGCUGCUUAUAAUAUAUUAAUAAUCCCUAUUGUCCCUAAUUACUUUAGCCUCAAUGGCCCUAAUAGGACCUAUCCUUCUUUUAUAACAGUCCUAGCAAGAUGUAGUCUUAUAGAUGCAAAAGAGGCGUCAGACUUAAGACUAUUUAAGCUUAAUGUUGCUUAG